AAAAUAAGAAGACGAAUAUGGAAAAAUUUGUUUUUUAAUGUAAACUUUCAAAGAUUUAAAGUUGUUUACAUGUAAAAUGUGCUUAAACUCGUACUACCGUUAAAUAAUAAGUAAUUAAAAGGUAAGAGAGUAGAUGUUAGUUAAAGGUUAGGGUUUGAACUUUGUUAUUUUGCUUGAAAUAUUUUCGACAGCCAAAGAUGUUAUAAAAUUAAAUAUUUUUAAGUAUAUUUUGACAAUUAUGGCGUAUUUUAUAUUCAACCUUCUUUACAUUUUUGAGAUGGCCAAUUCUGAAUGAAUACUACGUUCUCAGUUCUCUUCUUUUUUAUGAUUUCAUAAGAUAACUCGUAAAAACAAAGUUUUCCUUUGAAUAAAAUGGUUGAGAAUAGAAAUAUUAUUUCGUCCUGUUUCUCAAAGAUUUUUUUGUUUUAAUAAGGUAUAGGCACAUAAUAGAGACUAUACAGAAGCCCGACUUCUUGGUUUUUCUUAUGAUUUUGGCGUAAUCAUAAUUUGUCAUCAAAACGCUGAUGCCUCAGUCCUAGCCAGUGCGCUUAUGAGAGGCAUUCACCCCCUGAUAAUAUUCAAAAUGGUGGACAUCCAGGGGGGAAAUGCCUCUCAUAAGCGCACUGGCUAGGACCAUGGCAUCAUGACGUGGCAUCGGUUAUGCUUUUUUGGCUGAGUCGACCUUCUGUGUGUCUUUAUUCUGUGGCAGUGUGCUUAUGAGAAAAAUCCACUUCUGAUAAUAGGAAAUCUAUUGCGUUGCAUUGUUCCCUAUAAAUGCACCCGACUUUAUUAACACUGAUUUAUAUACGACACAACUUUUGCCUAAAACUGCAUGUUGCAUGUAACCUGCUUACAACUUAAGUUGUACUGUGUAAAUCAAGCACACAACUCACCUACAACAAUGUAGGUUGUGCAGUGUAAAUCGACCUUUGUUUUACUCUGUCUAAUGGAAGACAAUUUUACUUGUGAAGAGGAGAGUGCUGGUGCUCAACUUCCAAAGUCCUCUGUUUCCUGAAAUUUCAGUAUCUAGUACAGUAACAUUGCUCUUAUUUCUGACAGUUUUUUCAGAUUAUCAAGCAAAACUUGACAGAUUACCAAUUAUUUUAAGAAGGCCAAAUUUUAUCGGCUUUUUAUUUUUUGAUGAAUUGACUUGCAUCUGUUAUCCACUUCAUUUUAUAGCCGCAACACCAAACAUGUCCAGACACCGAAUUGACCAGCCUCAGUUUCCUGAAUAUGAUGGCCUGUCCUUUAGUUUCAACAUGAUCAAUCACAUCACAUACGAAAAAUAUGGCGACUCUGUUUUUACCGAGAUAUGCAAAACAGUCUCAAAAUGUUACAAAUCAGACAUCCCAAUCUCCACUCGGCUUCUGGGAGAUUAUCGUAUAUACCCAAUUCCUCUAAACCAUACAUUAUACGAAUACCUCGAUACGGAAGCACAAAAAAGUCCAAACUUUUUAAUAUUUAUGCGAAGAGAUUACCAUAUACUGGUGACGUGGUUUGGCCCUUUUGUUGAUGCCAAUCAUCUUGGUAGCAUUGUUGACAAAUUGACUCGUUCUCAUGAAAUCAUGAAAGAAAUAGCAGAGACAGUGAUGGUCACACAGGAUGACAUGGCUGGCGAAGACAAAGUUGAAUUGGGGAAAAAGGAGCUUGUUGAAAAAUAUUGGAAGAAUGUCAAGGAUGCACUUGCCAAAAUUGAAAGCAAAAAGAUUGAGUUGAAAGGUAUGUAACAGACAUUUCUGGAAAGUAGAUGAGUAAAUUUGUCUGGUGUUAGACAAAGUAAGGCGCACCAGGGUGCAUUGCCACUUAAAGAGUUAAUUACAGUACUGUAGGUCAUAUAUAGAUUAUAGAACUGUAUUAUUAUAUUUCCACAAAUUCCACAUACAUUAUACAUAUUACAUACAUCUUUUUUAUCAGGUUUUGCUUAUCAAGUUUUCGAUACGCCUACUGCGGAUAAACUAACAAAGCAGCUGACAGCGUCAACUGGGAAAGUGUUAGUUAAAGGUGUUGCGGCUGUAUUACUUGCUGAAAUAGCUGAAGAAAUUGGGAGAAAAAUUGCUGCAAUGUUAGCUGCCAAAACUGCUGCCAAGGCCGCAACUAAAGGUGGCUCAUCCGGGGCCAGCAAGAUUGCAGCGAAGAGUGUACCAAUCUUGGGGCUGGCCGUCGGCCUUGGGUUUGGUGUUUGGAGAUAUUGGCAGGGGGAUAUGACAGGGGCGGGGUUAGAAGUGAUGUCCGGGGCAGCGGCGUGUAUCCCUGGGAGCGGCACAGCAACGUCACUUGCGAUCGAUGCAGGCCUCAUUGCAAGAGACGUGUAUGGAGCAAAAAGUGGAGGAGCUCAAGAAAUUGAGGUAUGAUCAUUUACUAAUCUGGCAGAUUGUGGCAUGAAUGAAUAAUCAGUAAUUUCAGAUUCUUGCACAAUCGGUCAAUCACUAAUCACUGGAGCAAUAAGGAUGCGAAAAACUAAAGUUUUAUCCAUUUUAUAAUAGUUUUGUUUGUGGAAACACCACUAAUAAUAUAUGACUUGUUCAAUUCACACGCCCUUUUUAUAUACAAAAGUGUUGUGAUCUGUUGGCUUGCGUCAUUUGAAAGUAAUAAUUAAAGUGAUUCAAAUCACAGAGGAGAGACAUACAGAGACGUAACUAAGUGUACCCACUUUUUUUGUGCGCAUGCUCGGCAAGUUACUAGAUGCAUGCAUUUGAUUGGAUGACGACCUGAUGACGACUCACUUUAAACUUGCUGAGCACACGCAGUUGAUCAUUUUUCGCCCGGUCGCCUGAAAAAAAGUGGGUACAUGAUAACGUAAUCUUCCGCAGUGUUUACAACGGUCAGUUACGUCUCUGUAUGUCUUAUCUACUCUGUGUUCAAAUUAACGCGCGCGCAUCCAAGACAAUAUCUUUUAUCCAUCUUCCUUUCACUUCUCAGGAGCUUAAAGGGGAGAUGCAUGACCUCGACAAAGGAUUGAAAGAUUUAUACGACCACUACGACAAUGCAAUGGCUGAAUACGAGUUUGUUAAGGAGAUACUCGAGGUGGGAUUUACGGUGAGAAAUCUUGAGCAUGAGAUAAAAAUCUUGGACGAUGCCGUAAGUAUACUCGACUCAAUUUAUGAUGAAUUUGUUCUAAUGUAGAUUAGUUGUAAUGAACAUUCUAAUAAUAAUGCCUGUAUGGUUAAUUGAUUUUUCAUUAUGGUUUUGCACUAACUGUAGUUAACUUUAACUAUACAUUUUUAUGUAAAUUUUAAAGUGCACAUAUAGCUAUUUUGAAUUUUACAUAUUUGUAAUAUCCAGUAGAUUUUAAGAUGAAAUGCAAUAUAUUUUCGUUGUGAAAAACGCCAUCUCAUGGUCUUUUUGGCUGUUAAAGUUUCCGGAAGUGACGUCAUUUAAGUCAUUUUUGUUGCAAGAAACAAUACAAAACUCAUUUACAUUGCCUUAAGUGACGUCACUUCCGGAAACUUUAACAGCCAAAAAGACCAUGAAGGUGACGUUUUUCACAAAGAAAAUAUAUUGCAUUUCAUCUUAAAAUCUACUGGAUAUUACAAAUAUGUAAAAUUCAAAAUAGCUGUAUGUAAAUUUUAAGGAGUUGAUUCAACUCCAAAACUGUUAUUCUGUCAGCGUUUUUGGAUAUUUUUUGAAGUGCCUACAAUCUGCGUAUACUACGCAAGACCACGUGAAUAUAACGUCUUUAACUUCAGUUUAAUAGUUGUGUACUUUUAUUUUGAAUGAAUUUGUGUAUAGUACAUAUUGUAUAUUUCGUAAUGUUUAUAUAUAUUGCAAUAGAUAAAUUACUGUGAAUGGGUGGAGUGGGUUAAUUAUAUCAAAGUUAAUGGAGUGGGAUUAUAUACUGUACAGGAAAUGUAUUAAUUUCUACAUAUAUGUAUAUUUAAUUAGUAUUCAAUUACAGUUUUGAAUUCAAAAGAGUC